AUGGACACUGCCCCACCGGAAGUCCGCCCUGAGGAGGCCGGCCGCGAGCCAAGGCAAGGCGGCGGAGAGGAGAGGAUCACGGGAAGGGGCCUUAUAUGGACACUGCCCCACCGGAAGUCCGCCCUGAGGAGGCCGGCCGCGAGCCAAGUCCGCCCUGAGGAGGCCGGCCGCGAGCCAAGGCAAGGCGGCGGAGAGGAGAGGAUCACGGGAAGGGGCCUUAUAUGGACACUGCCCCACCGGAAGUCCGCCCUGAGGAGGCCGGCCGCGAGCCAAGCGAUUCGAUGCCUCCGAGGAACAGGCGGCCGGUUGGGCCUCCUGGUGCCGCGGGGCCACCUGGGAGUUACUACAAGCCCCAGAAGCCUCUGCGGCAGCGUCGGCGAGCGGACAGUAUGGCGGCGACGGAGGUGCGGGGCCCAGCGGGGUCCCCCCCCCGGAGAAGGCUCUGUGAUCAACUGGGCGGGGCGAGGGCUGCAGAAACUGGGCCCCAGUCUGCUCGGCGAAGCCGACCCGCGGACCCUGAUCCUGGAUAAAAAUCAGAUCAUCAAACUGGAAAACCUGGAGAAGUGCGGAAGGCUGAUGCAGUUAUCAGCUGCCAACAACCGGCUAGUGCGGAUGAUGGGCGUCGCCAAGCUCACUCAGCUGCGGGUGCUGAAUUUACCUCAUAACAGCAUCGGCUACGUGGAAGGGUUAAAAGCGCUGGGGCGUCUGGAGUGGCUCAAUUUGGCAGGAAACAACCUCAAGGCAAUAGAUCAAAUCAGCAGCUGCACGGCUCUUCAACACCUUGAUUUGUCCGACAAUAACAUCUCUCAGAUCGGUGAUCUUUCAAAACUGUCGGCUCUGAAGACCCUGUUGCUGCAUGGAAACAUCAUAACCUCGCUCCGAGUGGCACCCGCUUGCCUACCUCAGAGCUUGGCGAUCCUUUCGCUGGCCGAAAACGAAAUCCGGGACCUAAAUGAGAUGUGUUUCUUGGCUCCCCUCUCGGAGCUGGAGCAGUUGUCCAUCAUGAACAACCCCUGCGUGAUGGCCACACCUUCCAUCCCGCCCUUUGACUACCGGCCCUACGUCGUCAGCUGGUGCCUGAGCCUCAAGGUCCUGGACGGAUACGGGAUUUCCCAGAAGGAAAGUUUGAAAGCUGAGUGGUUGUACAGUCAAGGCAAGGGCAGGUCGUAUCGCCCCAGCCAGCACAUCCAGUUGGUUCAGUACCUGGCCACCGUCUGCCCUCUCUCCUCCUCCCUCGAUCUCCAAACCGCCGAAGAUGCCAAACUGGAGAGGAUCCUGAGCAAGCGGAGGCUGCACCAGAGGCAGUUGCUGUACCAAAGCCAGAGCGAAGAAUCCCCUUCUCCCUCUUCUCCCAACGAGGCGGAGGUCAGCGCCGCCGCCGAGCCCACCCGCCCGGCCCCGGGGACCCGGUCGGUCCCCGAGAGGGAGCCAGUAGUCCAAAUAAAUUCUUGGCUGGGAGCAGGUUCCAACGCCGAGCAUUCCUACGCCAAGAACAACUUCCCGGCAGCGGCGCACGCUGGAAGCUCGUCUCCUAACGAGCUGUACCUGGAAGACGUCCCGACGGAUGAAGACCAGCCGAGCGGCAGUCUGCUGUCCUCAGAAUCGACUUUCAUGCCCGUCACCUCGGGGCCGUCAUCCCCCGUGGAGCUGCGGCUCUGCGGCGUCCAUCCGAGACGCCGAAACGACGACACCCUGACCGAGGGGGAAAAGGAGGAAGAGGAUCGGGAGCCGGCAGAGGCCGCACGGCUUUCCGGAGAGGAGUCCCCUAAAGCGUCGAAAAACGAAGACGGUCCCGAGGAAAAUGAGAAGGACGCGUUAUUUUGCCCCGGCCCAGCAACCGCGAGCGAUGUCUUGAAUGACAGCGAUAGCUGCCGGGCUUCAGCCUCUAAGGCCCAACUGGUUAGUGAAGAAACAUCGCCUGAAACCUCUCCAGCCCAACUCCCCCGCGGAAAUCCGUCUGCCGCAUCCGCUGCUCUGAACGAAGACGCUGCUGCGGUCCAGAAAAUGAAUACGGCGGCCACUAAACUUCAAGCCUGCUGGAGGGGAUUCCGCACAAGAAACUACAACCCUCGAGCCAAAGAGGCGCGGUACGAAAUUCGACUGAGCAGAAUGCAGGAGCACAUUGUUUUCUUGACUGAGGAAAUCAGAAAAUUGAAAAAAGAAAGAGAUGAAGAGCACAUUCAAAAGCUUUUACAAGAGGAGGCUGUCAAAUUCCUUUGGAACCAGGUCAGAGCCAUACAGGACUGGCAGCUCACAGUCAACCAGCAUCUCGGCGCCGCGCAGCGGCCCGGACCUGUGGCGUCCAGCACUCUGAUGCCGACCGCGUCAACCCGAGAGGCCUCUCGGGCCUGGCUCGUUUCAGACGCCGGGUGUCACGCCGAGAGAUCCUUGCCCGAAUUUCCAGAUUCGGGCUUCCACUCAUCCCUAACAGAGCCCUCCCCGCUCCCGGAUCCCCGGGAGUUUGACCGAAGCUCGACCGAAGGAAGCGAGAGCUCGCUAAUGGGGCAGUCCGUGGAAACCGUCAAACACGGGGAGGGGCCGGACGCCAGGGAGGUCCAAGUCGAGCGUGGCGAGCGGAGUAAAGAUAGUUCCAACAGCGAACAGGAUAGUAGUCUCCUCCAACAGUAUUUAACGUCGGUCCGGCAGCUUGAAGACGCCGAAGAAAGGACGAACUGCAGCGAGGGAAUGGAAGGCAGUGGUGACCUUCACAUCACCCUCUCUCCAGAAAAGCCGGUCGGCGUGACUACGGACGGACCUCAGGAUGCACCUGCCGCUCUGCAAGGGGAGAUCAGCCCGGCCCCAGACAACUGUAAAUUAAAUGGUGAAGUUCAGGGGCAACAGCCAGAAUGCGAUUCUGCAUUUCAGCCUAGCCGAAACCGGGAUCUCAGACCGCCAGCCGAGGGAAACCAUUUUACGGAGCGUUCGGACACAUGAAAUGUGGUGCCGCGUGCGGGACUGGAGUUCACCGAGAGAGGAACAGAUGACGGAAUAAGAUGAGUACACUGCGUUCAUUUUUCUCCUUUUGAUUUCCCUGAGAAGAUCUGGGAAGACCUCGUAGGAGGAAAAGGGCAAAAAAUCAGACCAGAGGAUCUCUCCGUGGGAAUAUUCUGAUUAAAAAUAGGUAUUUCAGGAGGUGUCAAAGUGUCGUAGAAUGACAUGUUUGAAACCCGGCUGACCUGAAACAGCGGUGGAGGGAAACCGUUUUUCUUGGCAUCAAAAACAGUUAAUUCAGGGAUCGAUGCCAUUGAGAAAAGCAUCACUUGGGAUUUUUUCAUCCUCCGAGUCAGUGCUUUUAAAUGACUAAAUCAGAGGUUACACCCACCCGAUGGGUCCGAUCUUUCUCCUUGCCCCCUUUGUUUUCACUUGUAUUAAGAGUUUGAGGGUAUCAUUGUGAGGGAUGUACAUACCCAAUUCGCUUCUCCCCUUAGAUAAGGCAGGUUUUCAGGCAGGUUCGCAUGCAGUAGCUGAGGGUUUGGGUUUGUUUUUUUUCCUUUGGUUUCCUUUUUUCUUUUCAGAAGAAAGAUUAAAAACACAAUUUCAGGCUCUGGGAAAGCACCGCUGUUACUUGAAGAAAGAAUAUCAGUGUAUGUCUUGUUUUAGGGGAGAAAAAAUCAUAACCCUCACAUAACAGAAAAAGACAGGGAAACACACCCAAACAAACCAAGAGAAAAAUUCAGUGUCCAAAUUAGUUUGGCCAAAGUAUCAUUUGGAUUUAUAAGAUUUUAUCUAUUGAUAUGCUAUUGGAAAAUAUGAUGUUUCUAAAAUAAUUCCUACACAAGCCAUCCCCCCCCCCCCAAAAAAAAAAAAAUAAACCCACAGUGAUGCUUCAACCUAUGGCACUAGAUGGUCACUUAAAGUGGAUUUUAAAAGACCAGUUUUCAUUCUGGUUGAAGAAUCUCUUGUGAACUAUUGUGAACUCUUCAAAGAUUUCACCUGGCUCUUCAAAAAUAAGAUUUAUUUGUCAACUAGCGGACCAUACUUUCCACUUCAGGCCCAUUUUAAACAUGUCACAAAUCGAGUGGAAUUAUAUCGUGGGGUUAUUAACAGUACUCAAGUGAAGAAUUCUUUGUGAUUUCGCUCCAAGAGAUCCCAAAUAUUUUGCUAAGGAAAUUUUCCCGUUGCGGCCCGAGCUCAAAAUUAAAUUCAGUGUGUGCUUUUUGUAUCGUGACCCUGGGAGAAAAUCUUAUUGACUGCAUGUCAAAAACAACUGAAGCACUUCAUUGUUUGGAUGAUGAUUUUGAUAUCUUUUGUGAUGACUUCUAAUUAUUUCUCAACGCACAUUUUCUAAUUAUUUCUCAAUGCACAUUUUAAGUGCCUCAUUUGCCGCCAGUAACGAGUCAAAGAAAACUCAACUUACAUUGCUCCAGUGCCAAAAUACUACUCCUCAGCGAAAUUCAUUUUUCCAGGACAGCCGGAGAAAUGUUAAGGUUCAGUAUUACCCAAAGUAAUCAGGUUUCAACUGGCAGGAAGUGGGGUUUUUAAAAUUAUAUCAAUCUUGUCGGAACUUCAGUGAUUUCUGGUUCCUCUUAGAUGUUCAAAAUGGUUUCACUUCAUGAAGAUUUAGCAGGUUGGGCGAUAUUUUUCUUCUUUUGCCUUUGGAGAAGUUUUUGACCUUCAGACAUCUUGGCAGGGUUUUUUUUCUUUGUCCUCCCUGCAAUUGUACAGUUUAUCUUGCAUGUUUAGUCAAUGUGAAAUAGCUUGAAUUUAGAAUGUAGUGAGCGUGUGGGAAGAGGUGAAAAAUUUGGCUAGAAUGUGUUUGUCAGGGCUUAGAAAGGAAUUCAAAGAUGGGUUAUCCGAACGUAAAGUACGUGUUUGAAACAGUACAGGAAGAUGAAAAACUUGCACAAUUAAAAAAAAACUCCAUCUAAAGCUGCUACCGUCAAAAGAAAAGGGCCGAGUGAAAAUGGCACUUGGGAGACGGAUCAGAAGCGUAUCGGAGAAGGAAUUUGUGCAGCGGCGUAAGGAUUCGAGUUUUUGUUCAUCAAAUGUUUGAUUUACGUUUGGGGUCAGGAAUGAAAAGGAACGGUCAGGUUAUAUGGAUAUUCAUGUUCAUGAAUUUUUUCCUACUUUUAGCAUCUAUCAAGUAGGUUUCCGUACAAGAUCUCUUAUGUAGUUGAAGGAUCAGUGUGUGGAGAAUUUUGGAUUUGCUGUGGUGUUAUUCUGAACUGUGUGUUUCUUCAGAUUUUUGUGGAAUCGGGGCAAAUCCAGUGGCUCUACAAAUUCAUUUUCCUGAAGUGGUGAGGAAUUCCGUAUCUUUCCACUAGAAAUGAAGACUCUGAGCCUUGGGAUAAUAAGGAAUUUUGUAACUUUUUAUAUUUAAAAAGCCUAACUUGUCCCUUAUUUCUACCGUAGAGAAAGUUCCGUCACUCAGUGUAGCUUACUGAGCGCCUAAAAUGGGCAGAGCACUGUACUAAGCAGCUGGGAGAGGACACCCCCAGCUGAUUUCGCAUAAUCUUUUCACUAUUUGGGGUGGGGAAUAAAGAAGGGGAAAGAAACACAAGGGGGGCAUGCAUAAAAGUGCAGUUAAGCUGACUGAGUCUUAACAAAAGAGCUUUUAUUUGGUGACGGAAGAUGGGGUAGUAAGAUAAAUGAAAGUUACAAGCUUCACGUCAAAGCUACGUUGAUGCCGAAUGAUCCGAUGUAAAGCCCUGAAUUUAAUUGUCGCCGAAAGCUCUCGUUAUGCCGGUUGGCACCUACAUAACCUACUUUGGUUUGCUCUGUAAUUUGCACGCCACCGUCAAAGUAGUAAAUGGUACACUUUGCCGCUGAACUGUUUUCUGCGUGAGCGGAUACCACUCUUCUUGUUAAUCUGGAAUGCCACCGCGCUGGCUAAUUCGACGUUUUGUUCAACCGCUCACGCUGUCGUGUGUCUCCAUCUCGUCUACUGAACCUUCUUUCCACUCGAGGCCGUUGGUUGGAGAAGCUGGCCGGACUUACGGACCCCGGGGAUCCAUCUCGGUUUAUAUUCGCAACUGAGUUUACAAAACGUUUAGUUGAGAUACCUCGGUUCCCUCCGUUCGGCACCGGCGGGAUUAGUCGCAGAAAUUGAAAAGCGAUUUGAAAACGUGUCCGUCGCCCACCGGCAACCAAGCGGUGAGGAGACUUUGUCUAUCCUUAAUGCGUCAUUAAGUCGUUUUUGUUUUCGGACCGGGCACCCGGGAAAAGUAAAUUUAAAGCACUUCAACCAAGGUCACCUAUAAAUAUUAACAAGGGUUUCUCCGUUCAUGGGGCGCUGAAGAAAACGGAGGUGGUUUUCAAAGAACGUUAUCUACCGUGGUUGGAGUUGGGCUUCGCUGACCGUACCUUCAUAGUGCCAUAUUAAAAAUUCACUUCAAACCCGCCCCCACCAAAAAAGAACAAAAGCCUCAGUGAAAGCUCAAAUGUGUGAUUUGUAGUCACAAUAAAAGGUGCUUCUAUCUAAGAACGAUCGCCACACCAAAUCGCGUUUCCUUCCCUGACCGGAGUUGACGGUGGAAACCAUUUCCAUGGGGCCUUUAUUUAUUUUUUCAGUUGCAUCUCUCUGAGUCUCACGGGAAUUUUUACCUGCGACGCUAGAGAUUUAAUGAAUAAUCAGGUUUUGGUUUACUUCAGGUUUCUUGUAAGCGGCCACAGUGGAUGUCUAAACGGACAACUGGGUUCAGUCCAUGUAUUUUCUAUGAACGUUUACAUUUUUUAAUUCAUUUUCUUAAGGCAUUUUGUUUGUACCUCUGAGUUUCUAACUUUAAAUAAAUUAUUUGUGUACUUGGA